UAUCGCACCAGGUUGCUAGUCCACCUUACGUGGUUGUUAACAAUGUUCGCGUAAUAUUAGUGAUUACAGGUUUAUAAAAAAUCAUGCAAGAUUUUAGUAGUGAGCAUAACGUAUUGUGAGGUCGUAGUUUAAGACUGGCCUAAUUGUCGAUAUGAAAUAAUUCAAAUACUUCAGGAACAUUACUUCGCUUUCGGGCGAAACAUCUGAAAUAGACGCCUGAACAGUGAGAGAUGUCGGCGGCGUCAGGUCUAUACAAUUUUUUCAGCGGUCCAUGGGUGACUAGACCUUAUCACUGGCGUCUACAUGUACUUUACAAAUCGGUUUUAGGAGUAUUUAUUUCUUUCAAAAUGUCUUGUGCCAUUCAUAGUAUUGCAAAAGCUCGAACAGAUCAAUGGGUAAAUGUGCCGGAAAAGUGUAUGAGUUUUUUGGUGUUCUAGUGGGUGAAAUUUUGGAAUGAAAUCAAGCUGUUACUGUGGGAUAUUAAAACAACCAGGAAAGGCUAUUUUCUAUUUGUUUACUAUAAUGAUUUUGAUCGUCAAAGAAUCCCAUGAGCAUGGUCGAUGCAAUCAUAACUGUUUCGGACCAGUAACGAGAUUAAAAAUCUACAAUGAACUAUCACAUGGGUAUCUUCACGUCAAUGGUUCCAACGUAGUCACAACAGAUGAAUCAGAUGGUAUUUUAUAUAAAAUUUCGUCAGGACGAAAUUUCUACUUGUAUGAUAUGAGGGCGGAAAAGUUUAUUUGUUGGCGAAGUCGGAGACCUCGUGCGACGAGGGAAUUACGCAACAAAGCACGACAUAGAAUGCACAGCCCUUUAAUAGCAAGGAAUUUCAGCAACCCAAAGUGUCGAUUUCAAGACCUGGUUGCAGAAGGUGGUGUAGGCUACGUCAACCUCGCCCCAGCUUUCAACCGCAGCCUGCUGAUGAAAUUCAACAGUCGAGGAAGAUUUGUUACCCAAGAAUGCACCCCCUCUACGAAGGAGGUUCGGAAAAGGCAUCUCUGUGCCAAACAAACGAAUUUUCUCAUCGAUGACGGAGAUGCUUGCGAAUGCCGCGAAGCGGAACGUCACUUCUGCCGGGCUAAGUUUGCGAAGAUGAAAGAAUUCAGAAGCGUUUGCAAAACAAGUAAUAGAAUUAAUGGUUUGUAGAUAACAAAGUAUUGUUUUUUAAUAGUAGUGGGUCAAAGUAGGUUGAUUCAAAUCUCGAGCAAUCACCAUGGUAAAUUUAAUUUGCUAUGUAAUUGUGACAACUGCCCUUUCUUAAAAAUAUUAAAUUCAACAGACAACCUUUACACAGAAACCCUUAUACUCUUUGCUAUAAUAAUGCCGUUGCCGACAGAAAAAUUUAAAAUGCAUCUUGCUCGAAGGACCAGAAUAUUUAUAGGAAACAUUUUGGAUUUAAUUGGACUGCAUAUUUGCUAGUUAACAACUUUUCUUGAAGUGAAAAUGUCAAAUAUUUAUUCCAUAGCUUAGAGAGAUAGAUUUAGACUGACUAAUUUUACGGUUAAGCAGCAACCUCCCGUUUAGCGACGCAGUACCGAGUUACACUGCGAAUGCAUCUAAAAAAAUCUGAAAUAUGACUUCUACUGAUUACAAAAAGAUAUGUCGGGAUUUAUAAGAAGACAAAGACAAGAAAUGAGUGCACACAUGUGAAUAGAUUACUUGAAAAAACUAUACUCAAAAGACCAACCGACAACAGCAAAACCAGUAACAAUGGGAAUUACAACUGAUACACAACCAAUAAUUAGCACAGUGAAAAUGAAGGAAGCACAAAGAAAAUUAAAGAACGGACAAUGGAACAAUCAUGACAGAUUAAUUAGCACAGCUCAUCAACAAAAUAUUACAAGAGAACAAAAUACUUUAAGAAUGGAAAAUAAGGGUAAUAAUCCUGAUGUUUAAAGUUAAAAAACAAACAAAAAACUAUAGACGAAUCAAUCAGUUCCAUGCUAAAACUAAUCACCAAUUUUUUUUACCAAAUUGAAAAACUAGAGAAUAUCACUUAAUAGGUUUUAACAUUGUUGAAACUAUUUUGAUAUACUCGAUUGGCUCAUCUGAGACACAACUGUCUACAGUCCGUCUAAUUUACUUACCGUUGCACGUCAUUAUUUACGUUAGAGAUCUAAGGUUACAUUGUUGCCCAAUUACAAAAAAUUCUUGAAUUCAUUUUAAAUCAAAUACAUCAAACAAUUUUUGCGGAAGUGGAUUAUACAGCAAAACAAAUUAAUAUUCAAUGUAAAUAAAUAAAAACUUUAGAAAUAGAAAACAAGAAUUAAGUUAUAAUCUUACAUUAAAGUACAUAAUAAAAACAGUAAAUAUAAUGAAACAAAUACUUAUAUAGUAUUUUUACUACAAAAGCAAGAUUAUGUAGGUCAAAAUUUUUGACGUAUAAGCACUGUCAAAACAUUAGAAUGUGACUUUUCAUCAUGGCCACGUUUAUGUCAUUACUUGUUAGAGAUAUUUUAUUUGUUUUUGUUCACUAAAAAAACAAUAUCUAUAAUUAUUUAUUCUAAUUAAUGAUGUCAAUUGGUUUUCAUUACUUGCCGAAAUAUACUUAUUAAUUAAAAUAUUAUCAUAGUGUAGGUAUAAUAAUUAAAAUAGAUUACUGCAACCAGCAACAUUGAACGUACGUAGGAAUGUCUAAAAUAUUUAACUAAAAUUAUUAUUUUUUUUUUGGAAUAUUGAACUUAAAUAAUUAUUUUAGAAAAUUUAUAUUAUUGAUAAUAAUAAAUGUUAUUGGUUAUUUAAUUAAUAUAAUUCUAAAAUUCUCAAUGUAAUCGCGAUUACGUUUUUCUUAUUAAAAUAUUAUACCAUGUGGAUGCUUAUUCAAGAUCGAGAAGUUCCGUGUUGGUGUCGUAUUUUUGCUGUGCUACACAAAUUUCAAUUCUAGAGUUGAUGUUAUGGAAUAUCAUUAUUUUCGUUAACAUUAACAAAUAUUUUGGCAUAUCGCACCAUUAAUGCAAGACUAUCACAACUCAAAAAUUGCCAUUUUUUGUUUUUUUAUGAAUCUGUAAUGGUAAUGGGUAGUCUAACUAAUGAAAGAGUAUUAUAACUCAAAAUUUAAUAUAAGACAUUAUUAAAUAAUAUUAAUGUUAAUUUAUAAUACUCUGCAUUAUGUUAGACUACCCAUUAACAUUACAGAUUCAUAAAAAACAAAAAAUGGUAAUUUUUGGGUUGUGAUAUUCUUGCAUUGAUGGUACGAUAUGAUUAAUAUAUUUCGGCAAUUGAUGAAAUCCGAUUGACAUCAUUAAUUAGAAUAAAGAAUUAGAUAUUAUUUUUAUAGUAAACAAAAACAAAGAAAAAUAUCUGACAAGUAAUGAGAUAAACGUGGCCAUGAUGAAAAGUCACAUUCUAAUGUUUUGACAGUGCUUUUACGUCAGAAAUUUUGACCUACGUAAUCUUGCUUUUGUAGUAAAAAUACUAUAGUAAAGACUAUAAACAAAUAUGAAGUGCCAUCAACGCAACUGUCAAAUAAAUGUUACCAAUUUAUGCCAAAAUAUCACCUUCGUUCGAUUAUAGUUACAGUGUAUUCCGAAUAAAUGUGCUUCAUAAAAUGCUUUAUAAUCCAUUUAUACAAAUUAAAUGAAACAUAUUAUUGUGUAUUUCUUUAAGUAAACAUUAAUAGAAAUCUUUAAAUAUUAUUUCUACGCGUAUAUAAUAAAAUAUGCCUAGUGGCUGUAACGCCAGUGUACUCGGCAAAGUGAUUCUAAAAAAGAACACACCUACCGCCUAAAUAUUUCGUGUUGGUAUCAUGUGACGUCUCGGGCUAUGACGCGGAUGACGUGCAACGGUAAGUAAAUUAAAUGGAGUAUACACUACAAUCACAAUAAAAAUGCACUAUAUAGAAAUAAACAAACCAAGACACGUUGAAUGUUCGAUAUGAUUUGGGAGUGCUCCUCGUGCUUGUUAAUUUUUAGUGCAUCUGUAUUAUGAUUGUAGGGUAGACAGUUGUGUCUCAGAUCAGCGAAUCGACAUAUCUUAUAUUAAUGAGAUAUACUCUGGUUUCUUUUAAUAAAGUCUUCUCCAUUGUAUGUAGGUUAUUUACACGUGUACGUGCGUCUAGGUGGUAGUUUAUAGAAUGUGUUUCAAGUGUUUGCAUCAAGAUACUCAUUGCUUCGCUUCCAUGAUUGGUUUCUAUCAGUCCAUGAGGACCAAUAUGUUUUCCUCCUUUUCCCUCGCCUAUCUCUUCAUUGAAAUCUCCCAUGACUAUAAGCAUUUCGGUUCUUCGUAUGUCUUAGUAUAUUAAGCUAUAAUGUUGCUGUUAAAUUCUGCAAUUUCCUAUCAUUAUGCUCUGCUGUAGGUACAUAGUUGUUGAUAUAUUUAGCUAUACUUUUAUGUGUGAUUAUACCGACUUUAAUUUUUAUAUUUACCAUCUUCUGAUUUUUAAUAAUAUACUCCGUAUUAUUCUAUGUAACAACAGCUUGAGUCAGGCCACCUCUAAAGGUUUCAUUUCUCUUAUUGAGCGUCGGAGUUUUCCUGAUUGAACCAUAGUCCCAACUUUCCAAGUGGGUAUCCUUUUCACAAGAUUCGUAUUACUUUUUCUUAUAGGUAUGUUAUUAGAUAUUUCACAGGGAUUUUGCAUAUUAACGAUCUAGGAGGCCCUGUGUUAAUGGGAGCAACCUAUCUUGCUGGAUCUUGGUCUUCGAUGAACAUGACCAGUUAUGAUUGUAAUAGAGAUAACCAUAGGGAUCGUUAGUGUAGUGGCUUCUCCUUGACUUCUACAUUCUUAUGCCGUUGACCAAAAUACUUAAUUUUCCUCCUUUGGAGCAGGUUUCAUAGACCCAGGAUCAAAAAGUGCCCUACCACCUACGAACUCGUCGUCGACUUUCUAUUCUACGUAGAGGUGCAGAUUCGGAUUUUUCCUUAAUCGAGAUUAAGAUCUUUCGGCGAUUCCUAACCUCUCCAGAGCUUUAUGUAGAUAUUCUCUCCCUUCAGUCCUGAUCCCCGAAGAGAUUGCAGUGGUCACUGGAAUUUCGUGUAUUGUCCGUCUCCAAAGGUCUGUCUCUGGUCAUUUCUUUUAACUCAUGGAUAGGUCUGCUGCAUAUGCCUGUAAUUUGGUUGAUCUAUCUUGGGAAUCUUCUUCGUGAUUCUCGACCUUCCAUGUUUUCUACGUCUGCUCUCAUAACAUUUCCAAAGUAUUUUAAUUGUUGGAGAUGGACUUUGCUUGAGAGCUGGAACGUUUUUCUGCAACAGAAUAUUUCAGUAGCAUCUGUCUUCUUUCCGAUUGUCUCAGGGUCCAAGAUUCAUAUCCGUAUAUCAGUAUUGGGAAUAUUAAGCAGUUGAUUAACCUUAUUUUUAGGGUUCUAGAGAUUUUGACUUCUUUAAAGCGGUACUGAGGAAUUCCAACUUCUUUGGAACUCCUGCAGAUGGGGGAUUUUUACUAGAUAGUUGGUUUAAUUAGGAAAUACAACAUUUUUAUAUUGUCACUUCAGGAUCAUAAAUAUCAUGAAUUGAGCUUUAUUAUCUAGAUAUUAAUCUCUUCUUAUAAUAACUUUAGUACUAUAACCUUAAUUCCAAAUCAGGUAUUUCCAAAUUAUUUUAUAUGAGGGUAAGAUACCGUGUUAAGUAAUCUCAUUUUCUAGAAACACGGAAUUAAGGCUGAUAUUUACAACAUGGCGCUGAAUUUAUAUUAUUUUUGUUUGACUAAUAAAACACUAUCAGUACGAUCCGUAUAUUUCGAAACACGAAUUUUAAGCCGAGUAGCAACAAAACAAUUGUAAAUUAUCUUAAAUUGUCACAAGUGAUCCUUGAAAUAUGUAUUUUUUUAAUUCAAUUUAUAAAUAAGAAGCAUAAUGGGUAUUUACUUAAAGAACCGUGUGUGAGAUUUGAUAUGGAUCCAAGUGUUACUAAAACCGUAAAACACAUUAUCCUAAAACGGGAAGAAAUAAAAUGGAAACUAUGAAAAGUAUAUUAACCAUUAACCAAUCAGACUACCAUGUAUAGCAGAACGGACUGAAAUGGAAAGGAAUCACUGAGAUUGUCAACGGAGCGAAUUUUUACAUGAUUUAGCACCCCCCUGGAGGAUCAUAGAAAGGUGAACCUCGAAGGUUAAACCGAGCUUCACCAGUUAACCAGAAAAUAUAUAAUAGUACAAAGCAAAAGAACACGGUUAUCACCCCUUGUUACUGUGUAAUUAAUAAACAUUGGGCGGUAGAAAUUUUAUUGAGAUGGUGAUACAAUGAUAAAACUCUUAACACAACGCGGUUAGACCACUACAUAGUAAAAUUACCACGGCACUGAUCGUAGUUCCCCCGGAAGGGUGGACGUUUUAGUAUAUGUGUGUUAAAUUUCCUUUGGACUGUGUCUUUUUACCGACAAUUCACCGAAAAAAGCGCGACGCUCCACAGGGCAAUAAAAAUAGGAUACAGAGGACAUAAAUUAGGGUUGGUAUUAGCUUAAGGAUUAUAAAUAACAAAUUUUGAGGGAAAUUUCGCUAUUUCACGCUGCGUUGAAUCUAUACCACAUUGCGUUGAAUCUCGUCUUCAGUUUUUGUGUGUUUUCUGUUACAUUUUUGUAUUUUACAAAGCUUGCCGCGCCACCUUCCGGCGGAUUUCUUUUGAAGGAAAUAUCUAAUAUGAAUGGAUGAUGAAAUGGAUAACCGAAAAAUAAUUGUUCUGGUGUGGCUGUUAUGCGGUCCGUUUGUUUGGUAUUUAUCAGUUACUUAACUGAUUUUUAACAAGUGGGAAAGAAAAAGAAAGGUAUAUUACAGGCUAGAUGGAAUAAGAGACGGUAGAUUAAAAAUUAAAAUUGCAAUACGCUGUGUUACCAUAAACGUUGAAAAACAGCUUGUCUUUAGAAAAUAACAUAGCUACAUUAAUGAAGAUGAGUAGACUGCAUAUCUAAUUAUCCAUAGUAUUCUGAUCUAUCAAGCUUUUACUGUUUGACUUGUAAACCACUUCUGAAAUAACAUGAUUUUGAACUUUUUUCUCAGAAAAUCCCCGUUUUUAAUUUAAAAAUCUAUAUAUUGUUCAAAGCAAAUAUUAUUUUAAUAAGUUUAAUUAUUUUGUCGUGUUUUGAUCAAAACAAUGAGUAUCAAAAAUUAUAAUAAUCAAUUUAAAAAAAUACAGGAUCGUAAUUUCAAGAUAAUUUGUAAAGCGUACAAGGUUUUUAACAUCACAUUGGCUCUUAUUUGUAAGUUUUUGUUUACAAACUAGUGUAGUCAUUAAGUUAAAAAUUUUAUAUUAAAUUUACAAAAACUAAGUUUUUUCAUCUAUCCAUAUAUUACAAAAUCCACUGAUAAUGUAACAAUUUAAAAUUGCUUUAAAAAGUUUGAUAUUAAGUAAUUUUCUUAUCUAAGACUGAACGUUUUCAAUUUAACAUUGGUAAACAGUUUGGGAUGAACUUGAAGACAAAUCAGGAUUUUUGAUAAUGUAUUAAUAAGUACCUACUCUACCUACUAGGGCAAAAUUUUAUCUGCAAAUUCAGAGAAAUGUAUGCUCAGGAGCUUAAAAGCCAAUGUUACAAUUAGUAAUUUGUUUGGGAUGAAAUCUUUAACCAAAUCAAUUAAUAUUAUUAAUUUUUAAUUACUGUCGACCACGUCCCUUUAUUACAAAGAUCUUCUUCCCAAUUAACAUCAAAUAUCGAUUACAUAUUUAUUAAGAUGAAACAAAUGAGUGGAAAAAUUUAAAAUGAAUUAUUGAGACCUUCAGCGCUCUAAUCAAUUACGGUCUUACAUGAAAAGUCAGGCGUACCUUUAUUUUAAAAUUGUUUUUUUAAUUGUUGGAAUAAAAAAUCCUUUUUCUAUCACGACACUGCCCCGUGUCAUAUGAGCAUUUUAGGAAUUACUAAAAUUCAUGAAUUAGAAUUCGAAUUUUUGGAGCAUCCAAUGUAUUCACCAGAUUUGGCCCCUAGAGACUUUUAUAUGUUUCAAUGCCUAAUGCGGGAAAAGCGUUUUUCUUCAAAGGAUAAGCUCGUAAUAACGCAAAACUUAUUGAAGAGCCUACUAUUUUGUUACUUAUGUUAAAGCAGGUAAAUUGUUUGGCAUGAACUCGUUAAUCAAAUCAAUUAAUAUUAUUAAUUUUUAAUUACGGUCGACCACGUCCCUUUAUUACAAAGAUCUUCCAAUUAACAUCAAAUAUCGAUUACAUCUUUAUUAAGAUGAAACAAAUGAGUGGAAAAAUUUAAAAUGAAUUAUUAAGGCCUUCAGCACUCUAAUCAAUUACGGCCGUACAUGAAAAGUCACGUGUAUCUUUAUUUUCGAAUUAUAUUUUUGGAAUUUAUAACUGGCUCGAUCUCAUGAAUUAAACAUGUCUUUAGUGAUAAUUCUGUGAGAGAGUUGCUCGCAUUGAUUAGGGCUUUGAAAACUUUAUAAGCGAUCUUAAUAAUAGUUUAGGAUGUGUUGUAUCAGAGUGAUUGUAAGUGUAUCACAGGGGAGGUCUCGUUAGUGCUUGUAAACAUUGGCUACUUUACAUAUAAAUUGUGUGGAAUUGACCGUUAUUUACAGCUUAAUAUAUUUGGUUUAGGAAAUCAGUUAUGUUGCUUCUUUGGGUCUUACGUUACGUAAAUACUUACUUAUCCAGUAGACUACUGUAAAUCAGUCAUUUAUAAUACAAUUCAUUACAAUUACAAUAAUUUAAAGUAUUUAUUUCUUUCAUUUAUUUAAACUUAAUUGGUCCUCUUCUAAGGUGUCGAGAAUUCCGUCUAGCUCUUAAUGAACUUUCUCCAUUCUUUCAUUUCUUUUAUUUGAGUUAUAUUUUCUUGCUUCUAUGUUCCAUUUCUCUAAGUUGUAUUUCAGUUUUUCUGCUGUUUCCGCAGUAAUUAGUACUUUGUCGUCUGUAAUUUUACACAUCUCAGCGUUUAUCAUUUGCAUUCUGUUCUAACCGACGCAAUAUUUUUGAAAGUUUUCUUAUAUUCUUUCACUAUCUCAUCUAUUACACUUAUGAAUAAUACUGAGCUGAGACUUCCCCCUUGUCUAACUCCUUGAGUUGUUUCAAAUGGUUCUAACUUCAUAUUUAGCAUUCUUAUUGUACUUGUUGUUUUCAUGUAUGUACUUUUUGUUGCUUCUAUUAGUUCUUCACUUACUUGUCUCUUCUUUAGGCUUUCGCAUAUAUUUUUUCUUUUGAUUGAGUUGAAUAUUAAUAAUAGUUUAGGAUAUGUUGUAUCAGAGUGAUUAAGUGUAACUUCCUCUAUACUAAACAGGACAGAUGUACAAGUUUUCUGUAUAUUUUGCUUUAAGUGAAUUGGAUUUUUGAUCGAUUUUAGCAGAAUUCUAGAAAACUGUUGGGAUUUUUCUUCCAUUUGCUGGUUAAUCCAUAGAAACCUACGAAAAUGUAGAGCAAACAAAAGUACAUACUAUUUCUCUCAUACGCAACAAAAAAGCUGUACCUCGGGGUACGAAAUGAAAACAGUUUUAUUAGCUUUUUCUGUCGUUACAGCUAUUUCUAUAAGCGCAUUGAAAGUCAUUGAAAGACUACUCCUAUACUACAUUUAUUUCCAAGGUAAGCUCAAGGUCACAAUGUCCGUUGCUGUGUCGUGUCGUCUCAGCUUUUCAGUGGCUAAAAGAAACGGUAAAUUAAAAAUGAGAAGCUGUGACGACACGACACAACGACCGAUCUGGUGUUUGCAACUAUGACCUCGAGCUUACCUUGGAAAUGAACAUAGUAUAGUUAGAAUAUUCACGAAGAUAAUUACAGCAAGGUCCUUUAUAGUAAUGACACGAAAUUACGAAAUGAUUAAAGACGUAACUGCAAACAAAACAAUCAACUCCAAGAGAAGCAUUGUUUCACCUUGUGACUACUUAUACUAGCUCAUUACUGUGUCCAAUUCCUAGUAGACAAUUUUGUUUAUUCAAACUUUCUGACCCAACCAUUUUCUCUACUAUAGAGCUCUUGUUAUAACUUUUUUCCUCUAAUUUUUUUAGGGACAAUACUUUUAAGAAAGGGCACAAAACUAGUAACUUACAGCUUUAUCAGUAUUAUUGUACUUACAAAUAGCAAUGGCUUUAGUAAUUUUAAUUUCGCUAAUUAUGUAAUAUAAGUUGUUACCAAUUAUAUCAAAACGUAUUACCAUAAUAACACUAAAAACAUCAAUCUACUGUGACCGUACUAUAAAAAUUAUAUAUAUUAUACUGUAUGUAUUUGUACAAAUGUUGAAAAUCUUUUAUAUAUUAAUUUAUUUUUCUAUAAUUUAAUUUUUGUAUUAUUUUGUGAAUUAUCAUCAUUUAGGUUAUGAAUGUAAAAUGUACAGUAUUUUUUUUAACCCCUAUGGGGUUUUCCUUAACACAAUCUAACUUUUGUAUAUUAUUAUUUAUUUUUAUGAAUACGCAUAUGUUUGCACCUUUAAUUGUCUUAAAUAAUCCAUGUUUUAAUGGUAUCUAACAAAACAACAAACAAUUGCAAAAAUACCAAAUAAUGACUGAGGCCCCAAAUGUAAGGAAAAUUUUGAUAAACGAAAAAAUAAUAUGUCUAUCUGUUGUUAUAUUAUAUUAGCCUCAUUAUUGUUAUAUAAGAUCUGUAGGCAUUGUCUUUAAUUUAUACAAUACAUUCCAACUCGUAUGCAUUUACAAUAAAAUUAUAAGAAAUUGCAA